CACCAUACUAAUCCCAGCCAUCCAUAUUUCUGUUGCAUCUUCCAGUCAUGCCGCACAACAAUCAAAAUUCCGACGAUGAUCAGCUGGGACCACCCAAGGCCGAUUUCAGUGCACCGCCGCCAUACGAGGCUAAUGUGGGACCACACGGCACGCUGCCGACUCAGAUGCAUUCACUGUCGCUGACCACGCAUGUCAGCGGGCAUGAGAUGGGUGCCCAGAUGCAGCUGCAGGGCGGCGAGUUGGUGGGACAGUUGCCCACAUACGAGGAGGUUCAGAUGGAGAAGUCGCUAAAUGGAGAGCUGCCGCCUGCCUUUCUGACGCUACCCUCGAACCAACAGUUGUCGCCACCGCCUAAUCCACUGCUGCCGCCCAAUCCGCUGCGUGAUGGUGCGGCUGCAGUGCGUGCCGCCCAGCCGGCGUUGACGUUCAUCGCCAUCGAUGCCAGUGAUCCGGAGAACAGUCUCUCGACCACCGACAACUGGCUGGGCACGGACAUCAUGUUCAUUACGGCCUUCAUUGUGGCCUUUCUGUUCAACUGGAUCGGCUUCCUGAUGCUCACCUGUUUCUGUCACACAAUCGCCGCCCGGUAUGGCGCCCUCUCCGGCUUCGGCCUGUCGCUGGCCAAAUGGACGUUGAUUGUAAAGCACUCGACGGAUCUGGCCUCCCACGAGAACUCCUGGCUGUGGUGGUUGAUCUGCGCCUUUGGCUUUCUGAUUAGCAUACGCGCCCUCAUCCAGUAUGUGGCCAUCAAGCGGUCGUGGCGCCUCCUCUCGGCCUCGGCCCAGGAACGGUUGCUAUUCUUCUACUAGGUGCGUCGCCUGUCGCGGUUGCCAUGUAAAUACGUUAGAUAUACGAAGACAGAGAGAGAGAGAGAGGUAGCAAGAGCAAGAAGUUUGGAAUCGGCGUCCCAGGAGAGGCAGACGUUGCGUAUGACCCCAACCAUCCUUCCGAAAAGCCUAAUCCUUAUCCUAAUCCUAAUCCGAUCAGUCCUUCAGCGCAUAACACACACACACACCCCAAAACCAAUAUCGAUGCGAACUUAUUCUGGGUUAGUGUUUUCUCUAGUUAAUCAGUUAAAUAGCACAACUUAGUCCACGGAUCCCAUAGAUGUAGCAUUAAACAAAAACAAAACAAAAACGUUAACUAAAUGUGUGUUGAGCUAGCAGUGUGGAGGCGGGUGGUGCAGGAGCCACCUGCCACCUGCAAACCAAUUGAAUCUAAAUGUAAAUGUAUGUGAAUGUGUUAAUGGAUAUCUCUCACCUGUAUUACGCGUAGCUGGUUUACACCAAGCCCAAUACCCCGAUCCCAUCCCUUAGGCCAGCUAGUGGCGCCACCGAGCAAAACAUACACCAAAAACAACAACAACAAAAGAGCAACCAGAAGGAAUGAAAGAAAAGUAAGAUUUUUGUUUAUCCUACUUUACGCUGUGGUACUUAAUUAAUUAACUACACAAAAGCCAGCAGUAAUACGGAAUGCUAAACACACAAAACAACUAUUGCUAUUAUAUACAUAUGUAUGUACGAUUAUUGCCUAUUAUAACGUUUACAAUUAAUACGUUUAAUCCCUUUGUAUGUAAAUUAUACAGUGCAUAUGCAUUGUAAAGAGCGCAUCCUCCAUUGUCCCCACACACAGGAGAUGCGUCAGUUUUAUGCAAAUUCAAUAAAAGUAAAAUGAAGUCA